AUGGCGCGCUCAAAGCAGCCAGCCGUGAAGCGCGAGGCUUCGUCCGAGUUCUUUAACAAGAAGACUGCAGCCUGGGAAGAUACGAAUGGCGGCGCGCACAAGGGCUCCAAUGGACACGCCGUCAAGAAGGCGGCUGAAGUUGCGCCGCUGGAGCAGAAUGCGGGAGUCUUCCAGCUUGUCAUUGCGGUUGCGGGCAUCUACGCAUCCUUCUUAACAUGGGCUUACCUCCAAGAGAAGCUCACGACGACACCCUACGGCCCGGCCGACGCCCCCGAGGUCUGGCACUUUCCCGUCUUUCUCAACACCAUCCAGUCCGUCUUCGCCGCCAUCGUGGGCGCCGUCUACCUCUACGCCUCGACACCGCGCAACAGCCCAGUCCCUCCCGUGAUUCCCUCGCGUCGCAUCCUCGCUCCCCUCGCCCUCGUCGCCUUUACGAGCAGUCUCGCCAGCCCGUUCGGAUACGCUUCUCUUGCGCACCUCGACUACAUCACCUUCCUCCUCGCCAAGAGCUGCAAGCUGCUCCCCGUCAUGUUCCUCCACAUUACCGUCUUCCGCCGACGGUACCCUCUUUACAAGUACCUCGUUGUCGCAACCGUGACACUCGGUGUUGCAGUCUUUACUCUGCACUCGGGGAAGAAGAGCAAGAAGGCGUCGGCGGUGCGGCCCGACGACGCGAGCACCGCUUGGGGUCUCCUCCUGCUGGGUAUCAACUUGCUGUUUGACGGCUUGACCAACAGCACCCAGGACCACAUCUUCCAGACCUUCCGCCCCUACUCAGGCCCCCAGAUGAUGUGCGCCAACAACCUCAUGAGCUCCCUCGUCACCGGCGCAUACCUCAUUGGCAGCCCGUGGCUCGUCGCUACUGGCACCGGUGAGUGGCUCGGCAUGGACGUUGCUGGCAGCGCGGGCGAGCUCAAGGCCGCUCUCGACUUUAUGGCCCGGUAUCCGGCAGUGUGGAGGGAUGUCCUCGGCUUCGCAGCGUGCGGCGCCGUUGGCCAGGUGUUUAUCUUUUAUACCCUCUCUACCUUUUCAUCUGUACUCCUCGUCACCGUUACCGUCACCCGCAAGAUGUUCACCAUGAUCCUGUCCGUUCUCGCCUUUGGCCAUCGCCUGACACAGAUGCAGUGGCUCGGCGUCGCCCUCGUCUUUGGCGGCAUCGGCGUCGAAGCCAGUAUUGCGCGUCAGGAGAAGAUGGCCAAGGAGGCCGCCAAGAAGGCGCAG